CCCCUUCUGGCUGCUGCACGGGCCAGCUUAGGACCCAUGGAGUUUUAUUUGACUGGAGUGUGGUACCUUCUUACAGCCAUCCAGAUGGACUCUCAAGCUGUGUGUCUUUGUGACUAUACCAUCAAAUGCCCCUUUUGACAUCUCUGAAAGCUUGCAGUUAAAUGACCCAUUCCUAGAUUAAACCAACCUUGAGACAGACUUGCUUUUCAUUCUCCUGCUCGAGAUUGAAUAACAUCCUGGCUAGGGAGUUCCACCAGUUUUCCCCUCCCCACUUCUUUCCUUUUUGCAACUAACUUCGCCUUCCUUCACAGAUUGGUGCCAGUGCCCUUUGGAGACCCUUUGUGUAAUGUGAGCCUCAGUCCGAGAGUGGAGGAGGGGUAGGGGAAGAGGUGGUGAAAAGGGUAGGUUACUAGUUAAAACCCCUGUUCAGUUUGCUGCAAGCAGAGCCAGGGCUCUGAAGGCUGGAAUGUGAAGCAUGUGCCUUUUCUUGAGUUCCCUAUUCCAUCCCUAGCUCUUCCAGAUUGGAGGACAGAAGUCUACAAGCCCGCCUCUUUUUGGUUUGUUGAGGGUUGUACUUGACACAAAUGGUUUGAAGAGCUUGGUUUAUUCCACGAAGGAAUGUGAAGGUAUUGUCCAAUGCAGCAGCCAGCAAGAGAAUAGCAUCGAGCAGAUGGAGUUCUGUCUGGUAUACCUCUAGAGUUUCUUUUUGGGUUAGGGCUAAUUCAUCCUAAUUCAUUUUGUGUUUCUGAUGCUCUGGACUAGUUUCACUUCAAGACUUACUGGAUUGAAUUACCACUCAAUGCUAAAAGGCUCAGAAUGAAAUUCACCUAAUUGAAGAUGGACCUUUUUCAGAUUGAUUCUUGAAAUGUAUUGACCCAGACAGAGUGACUCUUUGGAUGGAUGCUCAUGGAAAUUGUUUUGGAGGUCAGUAGGAGAGGCUGACCUUUAUUCCAGAGGAAGUUCCCUGCUUUUAGAAGAGUAGGACAGGACUGUACAGCUUUGGGGGCAGCCUUCUGUCUUUUCUGUCAGAACAUUGCCAAAAAAAAAGUCCAUCGAACCUCCUAACCGGAAAAGUGAGUCACUUGGUCUUUGGCCCUCUCAGAGCCCAUUUCCAAUUGGCCUUCCCUAUUCAAGUUGCACAGUGGUGUGGGGUCACCAUGGCUGGUAUGAGACUCCAAGAUCUGGCAUCCUCUGAGCUAUACCGACGCCGGCAGGAUCGGCAGAGCAGCAUUGGCUUGUCCCUGAAUGGUGGGGCAGAAACAGCCGGGAUACUUGGUAACAUGUCUGAUGCCCUGGCAAAUGCCACAUGCCAGCGCUGUCAGGCCCGUUUUGAUCCAUCUGAAAGGAUUGUGAAUAGCAACGGGGAGCUGUAUCAUGAAAAUUGUUUUGUCUGCGCCCAGUGCUUCCGGCAGUUCCCAGAUGGACUCUUCUAUGAGUACGAAGGUCGAAAAUAUUGUGAACAUGACUUCCAAAUGCUGUUUGCACCUUGCUGUGGGACUUGUGGAGAAUUCAUUAUUGGCCGUGUCAUCAAAGCAAUGAACAACAAUUGGCAUCCAGAAUGCUUUCGUUGUGAAUUGUGUGAUGUGGUUCUUGCCGACCUGGGCUUUGUGAAGAAUGCUGGGAGGCACCUCUGCCGACCCUGUCACAAUAGGGAGAAAGCCAAGGGCCUAGGCAAAUACAUCUGCCAGAAGUGUCACCUGAUUAUUGAUGAGCAGCCCUUGAUGUUCAAGAAUGACUCUUACCAUCCAGAUCACUUCAACUGUACCCAUUGUGGGAAGGAACUGACUGCAGAGGCCAGAGAGCUGAAAGGGGAACUUUACUGCCUGCCCUGCCAUGACAAGAUGGGGAUUCCCAUUUGUGGAGCUUGCCGGAGGCCCAUUGAAGGCCGUGUGGUCAAUGCCCUUGGAAAGCAAUGGCACGUGGAGCAUUUUGUCUGUGCCAAAUGUGAGAAACCAUUCCUGGGUCAUCGUCACUAUGAGAAGAAGGGCCUGGCAUACUGUGAGACACACUACAACCAGCUCUUCGGGGACGUCUGCUACAACUGCAGCCACGUGAUCGAGGGAGAUGUGGUGUCGGCUCUCAAUAAGGCUUGGUGUGUCAACUGCUUCUCCUGCUCCACCUGCAACAUUAAACUCACCCUGAAGAACAAAUUUGUGGAGUUUGACAUGAAGCCUGUCUGCAAGAAAUGUUAUGAAAAAUUUCCUCUCGAGCUGAAGAAGAGGCUGAAAAAGCUGUCUGAAUUGGCCUCCCGGAAAGCUCACCCCAAGUCUGUGGACUCAAAUUCUUUCUGAAAAGCCCCUGCUGGGACUGUGUGCUCACCAUUGCCAUGCUGACCUUUCUUCCCUGGGUGAUCUUCAUCUCUGCUCCUCCUUUCAUCUUCCUUUUCUUCUUCUUUUUCUCCUUCUCUUGCUCUCCCUCCCUUCUCCCUUUUCCUUCUCCUUUGUUGUCCUCUUCCUGACAUCUUUUACACACACUGAUUGGGACCCUGAAGUCCUAAGAGCACUCAUAGUGUCAUGAACCUACUGAAGGUUGAGGAAAUCGAGGAAGUGAGGAUCUAGGAGGUGAGGAGACCCAUACACCCCGUUCCUAUGGCCCACUACAAGUCUGACAUUUCCCAGCUCUAGCUUCUGAACCCUCUGAGAGUUCUCUAGCAAUAUCCAGUUUGAGGUUAAGUCAUCCAGCAAGUGGGAAUACAACAAAUUCCUCCCUGCAGUUUGGAAGUGAGUGCACCAGACAUAACUGAAGCCCUCAUUUAGGGACCCAAACAAGAAUCCUUUGGAAGUCAUGGCUCAUUUUUCCUUUAUUCUUGGGAGAUCUUGCAGCUCAGUGGGCAAUGGCCUUUCCUUUUCCUUUCUAUAAGUUCUUUCUCAUUGAUUCAUAUUUUGUUACCAUCUGCCUGAGAAAUUCUCUUCUUUUCUUACUGUAGAGAUUCUUGACCUGGAAUCUACAGACCUCCAGUGAGUCCAUGGAUAGAUUUGAGGUCAGUGGACUUGAAUGGGAAAUAUAUAUAUCCUCUCUCCCCAGAUAAAUGAUUUCCUUUAUAAUUAUAUACGUUUUAUGCAUUUGAAAGCAUAAUUCUGCAAAGGGAUCCCUAAAACCCCAGGCACUAAACUCCCAAAAGGGUCCAUGACAUCAAAAAUAUUAAGAUUCACUGCUUUAGGUCCACAUCAGAUUUGUUCAGAUGCUUUAAAGCGAUGAUGAGGUGGCGCUCUCACUCCCAGAUUCUUGGCCACCUUAUAGCUGGUGUGGCUCAGUCCCAUUCAGUUUAAUUAAACAAGUAUUCAUAGAGCACUCCCAGUCCUAUGCUGGAAGCCAUGGAGGGACCAAGAGAAACCUCUGCCUCCCAUUUAUAGAGUGCUCUCUUACACAGUGCUUUUCUUGCAACAAUCCUGUGCUCUGGGAAGACAGCAGAGACAGACAAAUAGACAGACAAACGGAUUAGCAUGGAUGGGGGUACUGAGAAAGGAGGAAGCAGGAACUCCCCGGCCUGGAAAGAUGGACAAGCCUUGGAUAGAUGAAGAAGCAUGGAGUGGAUGUGGAAAAUGAAAGUACAGAAGUAACCACAGCCUUCAAGUACUCUUUGUUGAAAAGCAAUAUCAUGCAAAGUCUGUGUGCUUACUUUCACAGGCUGGAAAAGUCAGUCUAGGCCCAAAGGAUGAUGUCCUUCUAUAAGAUCUUGCUUAAGAGGGGAAGUUAUCCUCAAGUUAUUGCUAACAGGCCAUCCUGCCUAUUGCCUUUCUUCAGGGACCGAGGAGCAGGCUAGAUAUUUUAUCUUCCCCUGGAAUUUCAGUGGCUUUAGCCAAGCCCUGCAGUGUGGUGUGGAGCUGGUGAGUUUGGCAGAAGCAGGGUAAAGAUGGAGGAAGAGCAAGAGAAAAGAAGGAAACUUUUGAAGGAUUGACAGAAACCUGUAGUCUGUCUUUUUCCAAGUACUUAUUGAGCACCUUUUUGUCUCUGUCCCCAAAGUCUACUUUCCUGAAGAGGGUGGGUGAAAUAAAUGAACCAUGGGUAGAUUCAUCUGAUCCCAAAUAAGAAUCUCUUGUAGUUGGGAGAGAGGCCCAUCCCUUUCCUAUCAUUCAACACCAGAACAUCAAGGAAUCUCAUUACAGAAAGAUAGACCUAAGAGGGAUCUUAGAUCAAUCAAAUCCCUUUAUUUUGACAGAUGAGAUAAAUGAGACAGAAAGAGAGAUAAGCACUUGUCUAAAGUUACCAAGCUAGGACGAGACAAAUUUAGGCUUCUUCCUCCCAGUCCUGCACUCUGCUGCCUCACUAUAAUGAAAUCUGCUCUCUAGCCCCUCUACUUUUCAUAUUUUGGAAUUCCUAUUAAUUAUUAUUUGCAUUUGGAUAUCACGUAAAAUAUAAAGCAUUCAUAUGCACUGACUUGCAAAGCCUGGACUAGCAAUUCCUACACAUCUCAAUAGUGAUGGACAGAAAACAUGAAAUGAUCGCUUUUCUUUUGUCCUUUCCUUCAGCCAAUUAUGUCGGGGCAGCUUUCAGUUGGAUUAGAUUCAGGAUAACUUCCUUAUAAUAGCCAGAGAGGAUUCAGACUCUUAGAUUAUUAAAUUUAAAGAAGCCUUAUACAUCAUGUUACCCAUCUUCAUUCAGCAACUGAGGAAGCUGAGGUCUGGAGAGUGUUGUCAUUCCUCCAAGAUCACAUGUCUAGUUAGUACUGGAAGCGGGUCUAGACCUCCCAACUGCUGAUUCCCUGUCCAGGGUUCUUUUCAGUAUACCACACUGAUGCAUGCCUGACCUGGAUUAAGAGGUGUUGUUUAAUACUGUGAAAGGCGAGGGCUCAGCCUCGUAGAUGUUCUUGUGUUGAGACUGACCUUGUGGGAAUGCAUGGUCACAAAGAAAGAGGAAAGAACAUUUUCAGUGAAUCCUGGUAGGGGACCUGUUUGUAAAUGUCUGAGGCUACUGGCUCCAUGACGUGUAAUCCUGUAUUUAUCAACUACAGCACAUGAGAUAUAUUGUAAUUCAUUUUCAUUGCUUUGCACAAUAAAGAUUUAUAAGAAUAAA